AUGAUGCCUCUGCCCCUGUCGGAUGAUGUACACAGGUUUUUGUUGAGUAUUGGUGUACAGCAGACUCNUACUCUUUUCAUGUUGGGUCUCCAUGAGGGAGCAGAUGUGGAGAAGCUUAAACAAGAGAAUGAGCAACACCAUGACCUGAUCCAGAGCAACUUUAUGGACACAUAUCUUAACCUGACCAUUAAAACCAUGGUAAUAAUGGACUGGCUGGCCACACGCUGCCCUACAGCAGCCUAUGCAAUGAAGGUGGACUCUGAUAUGUUCUUAAACAUCAAUAACUUGGUUUUCAUGCUGCAGAAGCCAGGGAUCCCAAAGUUGAACUAUCUAACAGGAAGGCUUAUGAGGGACAUCCCAGUUAUCCGAUCAAAGAACUCCAAGUGGUACGUUCCUGAGGAGAUGUACCCUGAUCCCAAAUAUCCCACAUACACCCUGGGCAUGGGGUAUGUCUUUUCCAACGAUCUUCCUGCUAAAUUUGUCGAGGUCUCAAAAUCUAUCAAACCUUUUAAUAUAGAGGAUGCUUAUAUUGGAAUGUGCAUGAAAAAGCUUGGACUUUCACCGACGCCUCCACCAAACCCUUCCCAAUUCAAGAUGUAUAAUUCAAAAUAUGAUCGCUGUGAAUUCUCUAAGAUCAUUACAUACAUUCUUGGCUCUUCAGAAAACCUUAUAAAAUACUGGUCAGACUAUAAGAAGCCCGGACCACAUUGUUAGAGCUUUUAACACGAUGAAACACUAUGAAACACUUGGG